AAGACAUGAGAAUUUUUCAGACAUUUGUUUUUUUUUGUUUUGAAAAGGAGAAUUUUAGGUGCGUGCAUGCCCUGAUGCGAGCCAAACAAACGUUAAAUGGCAACAGGUGUAAAGCAGGCAAGAGAUUCGUAUGGGAUUUGAUUAUUCUUCUUCCAUCAAUCCAUGGGACUAGCCUGUAGGCAGAGCUGCUGGUUGGCCAGGCCAUAUAUAUGCACCAGGGGCCUGUGGUGGCUGAGCAACAAGAGAGAGAGGACAUAGCCGCACAAAGGGAAGGAUACCCUCGCCAACCUCGAAGCUAGUCCAAACUAGUGGGAGGUUGAGUGCAGGGAUCGAUCGGGGAAGACGAGACAAGCUUCUUCUGCUGCUGCUGCCGCCCCCGCCAGCUCUAGUUCACCAGAGUUACUACUUACUAGCCAAUCUGACACCGAUCCACCGCCGGCACCGACCGUCCAUGGCGCGGGGCAAGGUGCAGCUUCGGCGCGUCGAGAACCCGGUGCACCGGCAGGUGACAUUCUGCAAGCGCCGCGCGGGGCUGCUCAAGAAGGCCCGGGAGCUCUCCGUCCUCUGCGACGCCAGCGUCGGCAUCAUCGUCUUCUCUGCGCACGGCAAGCUCUACGACCUCGCCACCACCGGGACCAUGGAGGAGCUGAUCGAGAGGUACAAAGCUGCCAGCGCCGGAGAAGCGACGACCGACGGCUGCGGCAGGCACAACAGGAUGGACCCCAAACAUGAAACCACGGUGCUGCAACAGGAAAUCAACCUGCUUCAGAAGGGACUGAGGUACAUCUACGGGAACAGGGCGAACGAGCACAUGAAUGUUGACGAACUGAACGCCCUAGAGAGGUACUUGGAGAUAUGGAUGUACAACACCCGCUCUGCAAAGAUGCAGAUAAUGGCUCAAGAGAUCCAAGCACUGAAAAGCAAGGCAUGUCAAAACCCUGUACAUAUUAACUCUACGAAGACCCGAGGCUUUCAGCACCCAUUUACCUCACUAAAAGUGUCUGCGUGUACGCAGGAAGGCAUGUUGAAAGCUGCCAACGAGAUUCUCCAGGAAAAGGUAUUUUCCAACUGUCAGCUCACUCUGUGGUACAAACUUCAGAUAGUAGAGCAGAGUAGUUUGCUUGACGUAGGCAUGGUGGUAGCGGACCAGCAGAAUGGGCGUUUUAGCACAGUCCCACUGGUAGAAGAGGUGAUCAGUAGUAACCCACUGACUGUACUGAGUGGCUAUUCUAGCUGUAGGGGUUCAGAGAUGGGCUACUCCUUCUGACCGUAAUAACAAACAGCCUGGGGGCUCCUUCUGUUGAUUACUACUAGUGUGUAAUACAUACAGUCAAUAAAGUCUGUAAUGGGUUGGUUGUUCUGCUGCUUUGGUGUAUCAUAUUCGAUUAUUCGUAUCAUGUAGGCCUUAGAUAAGCCCUUCAGGAGUGCCCCUGGUAUUGUGUCGUCGUGCCUUUUACUUCUCCAGAAUGAAGAAAUAUUGUCUAUUGAGGAGAUCUGAUGAUGUGCUAUUUCUUCCUUAUCAACGGAAAUAUAUCUAUGUUUGUGUUCA